GAGCCCUCGCCCCCUUCCCCCGGACGCCUGCCUCAGCCCCUCGCCCGCCCCCUCCCCUGCUCCACCAUGCCCGGCAUGAUGGAGAAAGGGCCCGAGUUACUGGGGAAGAACCGGCCGGCCAACGGCGGCGCCAAGAGCCCGGCGGGCGGCGGCGGCGGCGGCGGCGCCUCGUCCACCAACGGCGGGCUGCACUACUCGGAGCCCGAGAGCGGCUGCAGCAGCGACGACGAGCACGGUGAUGUUGGGAUGAGAGUCGGGGCUGAAUACCAAGCUCGGAUCCCUGAAUUUGAUCCAGGUGCCACAAAGUACACAGAUAAAGACAAUGGAGGAAUGCUUGUCUGGUCUCCAUAUCACACUAUCCCAGAUGCCAAAUUGGAUGAAUAUAUUGCAAUUGCAAAGGAGAAACACGGCUACAAUGUGGAACAGGCACUUGGCAUGUUGUUCUGGCAUAAACAUAACAUUGAGAAGUCCCUUGCUGAUCUCCCUAAUUUUACUCCCUUCCCGGAUGAGUGGACAGUGGAAGAUAAAGUCUUAUUUGAACAAGCAUUUAGUUUCCAUGGGAAGAGCUUUCACAGGAUUCAGCAAAUGCUUCCAGAUAAGACAAUCGCAAGUCUUGUAAAAUAUUAUUAUUCCUGGAAAAAAACUCGCUCUAGGACAAGUUUGAUGGAUCGCCAGGCUCGUAAACUAGCCAAUAGACACAACCAGGGGGACAGUGAUGAUGAUGUGGAAGAAACACACCCAAUGGAUGGGAAUGAUAGUGAUUAUGAUCCCAAGAAAGAAGCCAAAAAGGAGGGUAAUGCUGAACAGCCUGUCCAAAGCAGCAAGAUUGGACUUGGAAGGAGAGAGUAUCAGAGUUUACAACAUCGCCAUCAUUCUCAGCGUUCUAAGUGCCGUCCACCCAAGGGCAUGUAUUUAACCCAGGAAGAUGUAGUAGCUGUUUCCUGUAGCCCCAAUGCAGCCAACACCAUCCUGAGGCAACUGGACAUGGAGUUGAUCUCUCUAAAACGUCAGGUUCAGAAUGCUAAGCAAGUAAACAGUGCCCUUAAACAGAAAAUGGAAGGUGGAAUUGAAGAAUUCAAACCUCCUGAGUCAAAUCAGAAAAUUAAUGCCCGUUGGACCACAGAGGAGCAACUUCUAGCAGUGCAAGGUGUCCGCAAAUAUGGUAAAGAUUUUCAAGCUAUUGCAGAUGUAAUUGGCAACAAGACUGUUGGCCAAGUGAAGAACUUCUUUGUAAACUACAGGCGUCGGUUUAACUUAGAGGAGGUAUUGCAGGAGUGGGAAGCAGAACAAGGAACCCAGGCUUCUAAUGGUGAUGCUUCUGCUUUAGGGGAGGAGACAAAAAGUGCUUCUAAUGUGCCAUCAGGGAAGAGCACUGAUGAAGAAGAGGAGGCACAGACCCCACAGGCUCCUCGGACUCUGGGUCCAUCACCUCCUGCCCCAUCAUCCACUCCAACACCAACAGCCCCCAUUGCCACCCUGAACCAGCCUCCACCACUUCUUCGUCCAACACUGCCUGCUGCCCCUGCUCUUCACCGGCAGCCUCCUCCACUCCAGCAGCAGGCCCGGUUCAUCCAGCCCCGGCCAACUUUAAAUCAGCCUCCACCACCUCUCAUUCGCCCUGCUAAUUCUAUGCCACCCCGUCUAAACCCAAGACCAGUGUUGUCCACAGUGGGUGGUCAGCAGCCACCGUCACUUAUUGGAAUUCAGACAGAUUCACAGUCCUCACUGCACUAAAAAUUAAUUGGACAGCGCUGCAGUAACUUUGCACCCCAUCAUUUUACCAGUGCUCAUCUGACUAAUUGGAAAGAGGAGAGAAUAAUUCUUCUUAGGUAAUGAGGCUGAGAGCUAGUUGUGUGGCAGUGCACUAGCAGAAGUGGAUGAGCUGUCUCAGUUCGCUAGGCGAGAGUGUUACCCAGCAGAAAGCCUUCAGUUAGCCUCCUACUAGGGUGUGUGUUCACCAACGUGGUCUCACAGAAGGAAAAGCAAAAAGAGUUAAGUCUUCUAUACACCACGGGGUUCGGCUUCAUCUUUACUGUAUUUAUUUUACUGAGGUUCUUUAUAUUCCUGCCUCUUCAUAGUCAACCUCUUAGUACAGGAACAUUGACUUAGGAAUUGUGAAAGUUUCUUAAGGACAUUUGGCUUUUUUUUUUUUCUUUAAUUUAAUUUUUAAAAAAACAUUUUCCUAUGUUAGGAGAGCAAGAAUAAAUAGCCUGCAUUUCAUAUUUUGACAUAUGUUCAUUUUCUGCAUAUUUCACCAUAGCUACAUACCCCUUUUUUCAAAAAAAAAAAAAAAACGUUGCUUUUUUUUCUUAAAGGAAUUUAAAUACAUUCCUUUGAAAGAAAGCAAUUUUAUCAAUUGCAAAGCAAUUAUAUGAAACCACAGAGAAUGUACUGAAUCUACUAACCCUUUUAAUAUACAGUGUAGGGUCCGAGUGAAAAGUCCUUGUUUAAAGGUCGUUGGCCCGUCAUCUGUCAGUAACAAGAGGACUGGAAUAAUACUUUUACACACAAAUGAGGACUUAAUGUGUUGAAACAUAAUGUCUUUAAGUUCCUUGAAAAUAGGAUUACUAUGGAAAUUUUUUUUAAUGUUUCUAAAUGAUACCUGCUUUUAAGUAGUAGUUGCCUACAUUUGGGGACAUUAGAAGAGAAUUAUUAUAUUUUAUCAGUUAUGUAGAGAUGGUGGUUAUGGAAGCAUUUAUUUACAGUAUCUUUUUUAUGUUUAGAUUCUGAACUUAAAAUUGCCCUCAUGCUUAUUAAAAUGAUCUGCAUUUACUAUGAAGGUGUUUUCUUGAUAAAUCUGUUGUACUGUUUGGACACAUUUGUGUAUUCCUUGUUUGGUUUAGGGUUAAGUCAUCAACAUUAUUCCAUAAAAUUAAGAGUCUGUUAUCUAAUGUGUAUCAGUAUAUUGUCACCCUUGUCCUGUUAACUCAAAAUGCUGAGACCCCUUUUUAUAACAAAAGACAUUUCAAGUCUUCUUAAUUCAACACAAUCAACCAUUAAGCACCUACAAAAAGUAUUUUACAAGUGAUAGUAUUUCAACGACGUGUUACUAGUAUUUUUGAUAGUGAUUUCAUAUUGGAAUCAUGACCUGUGCAGAGACAGAUCACUCAGAUUGCUAUACUAGUGGACCUAAGGCUGAAUGUUUGCACAUUCACAUUCUCAUUGCAGUUAGAACUACUUUGUGAAGUAGUUAUAAAACCGUAAUUUAUGUUUUAAGAGGUCAUAUAUUCCCAAAUGUUGGGAAAAUAGUCUCUACCAUUGGCUCAAUAGCUUUAAAGAGCUGUAGGCUUAAAUUCAUUGAUCAGGUUUGGUUUUAAGAUUUUCCUUCCAUGUGAACCCUAAUUUCUGGCAUAAUCUGAAACUUUCCUGGCUGGGUCCUAUUCUUUCUCAUCAUCUUAACUAGUUCCUGUCCUGGAUUAUAACCAGAUCAAAUGUCACUGAUUUAAAAUUCGUAAUAUUCAAGAAUUUAUACUUAUUUUUCCUUUAAAAGUCAUGGGGGACAGUUACAUAUCUUAAGAGAAAGUAUCUAAAGCAUUUUUAAAGCACUUAGAUUGUCUUGCAUUGUGCACACUAUAUCUUUACAGCUUUUAAUGUCUUGUCUCUUGUCGGUAGACCUUCCGUACACAGUGUGUGGGAUAUGUCAGUCGAGGUGGUCAGUGCCAGCAUCUGCCCAGCCACUAAGUAUAUUGUGAUUCACUUACAAAGACAUGGACCAAGGUGCUGUGUCUGAGGGAUGUGCUGUAAUUUGAUUUACCUACAUUAGAGCACACAGUAGAAAAACCUUAGCUUCAUUAGUAAUAUGACACAUGUAUAUAGUGAGAUGUCUUUAUUGUGUGCUUUGCAUAUUUUGUAAAUAUUUUGCACGUCAUUAUUUUACUUUUUUGUUUAAGCAGUGUUUGGCCUGGAAGAUUGAUAUGCUUGCUGCUUAAUCAAAGGAUUAAAGAUUUAAA